AUGCUUGACUACUUUGUUGCCAUUGGUGUAGCUCUGGCGGGGCUGUUGGUGGUGUACUAUAUGUUUCAGAGCAUCACCAGGUUGGAGGUUGUGGCAGUGGCGGCCCCUCAGCAGCCCAGGUCACGUGCGCAUAAGGCGCCGAAGCCGCCUCGCCGCAACGACGCGGCACUUGACCGUGAUAUGGAGGCGCUUAUUGCCCGAGAGGUCGCACGCAGCACCACCUCCAUGCGCGCCGACAUACGCGACGUCAGGCCGGUGUCGCUCGAGAAGGUGCAGCGUAAAGCUGCGGCUAACAAAAACAAGCAGGUCGUGCCUACUGCCGCGCCCAUGAACACCGAGAAGCAGAAGCUUAUCGAUAAGGAGAUGGGGUUUCAGCGUGUAGAGGAACAGCCGAAGUCGCGCAGGAACCCGUCGCCACCGCAGCAGCGACAUCCGCAGGUGAACGUGGAUGAGGAGCUAAGUCGCAAACUUGGCCAGUUUUUCAGCAACAGCCGAAAGGAGAAGAAGGGACUCAAGCUGAACCUUAAGGAGGAGCAGGGGGCAACCUCUACCAGCAAUGGCGCCCACGUUGUUGUGAGGAAGGACAUUAGUAACGCCAGAACCUGGUAA